AUGAGUCAGAACUGUCAUUUGUAAAUGUGAAUUCUUUACACUAUCUAAACCUCAAAUUUCAAUUUAUUAACUUAUUCUUCCAAUGGCUAAAUUUCUGCAUAGGUCUUUGAGAAGCAAGACAAUAAAUUUCAGAGUCUUAAAGCAGUACCUCAAAAAGGUGAACUCCCAACGGUCGAAAUCCACAGCAGGAAGGAAGAUACGAGCUGAUUAUUACCUAAAGCUUGCUGAAGAUAUUAGGCAUAGGUCACAAACAAGGAAAUAAAUUAGACUGUAGUAGCUCUUUGUACCAGUCUCUUUCCAGGACCAAAUGAAUAUACCCCAAAGGCAAGCUCGACUUUAUCCGUGCUAAUUAUUUGGAAGAUAAAAAGCUUCAUGAAAGCUCACAUCACAAGAUGUACGGGACUUUGAAUAAAAGUUCCGAUCCUUGAGAAACAAAGUUUCUGUUCAAUAAUUUUAUCAGCGAGGGAUUGACGAAUUCUAAAAAUCAAGUCCAAGAGGAGCCAAAGAGGCUGGAAGAUCAAGAGAAAAUAAUUCAGAAAAUAAAAAAAUUUAAUCUAAAUAAAUUGAAUUUAACAACAUGCAAUUCGAUAUUCAAAGCGAACACCACUUUGCCAAUGAGACCUUUGAGGUCAAAGAUUAAGUCAAUCACCAGCCAACUCUACCAAAGAGGUAGAAUAAGCAGGCAACUAAGCCACAUCAGAUCCAAAAAAGGAGAGAGGAAAUAUAGAUUUUUCAGGCUAAAAACCUCUCAUGAAAAGAAGCCUCUAACUCUCAGUGGAGUAUUAUAA